AUGCUCACAGCAACUGUGCUCAUUGUCGGCGCCGGCCCCGUGGGCAUGUGGCUCGCGCUCGAGCUGCGCCGCGCCGCCAUCGACGUCCUCGUCAUCGACACCAAGACCUCCCGCGACGACCGGGACCGCGUCUCCAAGGCUCUGACGGUGUCAGCCGGCACCCUGGACACGUUCCACUCCCGCGGCCUCGCCCCGGCACUCUUGGAGCGGUCCAUCCGGGUGCCCAGGGCGCACUUUGGGGGCCUCCCGACGACUCUGGAGCUGAACGGCGACGUCCUCGGGGUCGCCCACCCUUACAACCUGGCCAUCCCCCAGUCUCGCACCGAAGCCAUCCUCCUAGCUGCAUGCGAGAAAGCCGGGGUCCGGUUUGCCUGGGGCCUCAGGUUCGCUCGGCUGGUUCAGUCGUCACGCAGGGAUGUCGUUGCCACGGCCGAGGUAGUCUCAAGGACGUCUGACGCAGAUCAUGACCCGACAAGCAGCAACAAGGCUGUCAGCAUCACGGCGCAUUGGCUCGUAGGUUGCGAUGGGACCCACAGCGCCGUGCGCAACGCCGUCGGGGUGCCUUUCGAGGGCCUCCCGCACCUAGUGACGGGGAUCCUAGCGGACGUCAUCCUGACCGAGGAUCCGUCAGAUGGUGGAGCGCCCAUGACCAUCAGGCAAGGUGCUAUGGGCAGUUGCAUCGCCGUCAAGAUCGACGGCGAGCUCCACCGCGUCGUGGGCCUGUCCAAGACGAACCGCCACAAGCCGGCAUCCGAGGAGCUCGCGCUCGACGAGGUCAAGGACCACCUCCGCGACGUCUUCGGGUCCGACCUCGGCGCCCACUCGCCGGCGUGGAUGUCUCGCUUCGGCAGCGCGUGCCGCGUGGCGGCGUCUUUCCGCUCCGGGCGGGUCCUCCUCGCCGGCGACGCGGCGCACCAGUUCUUCCCGGCCGGCGGCCAGGGGCUGAACCUUGGCAUCCAGGACGCGACCAACCUGGCCUGGAAGCUGGUGGCUGCCUGCCGCGAGGAGGAGGAGGAGAAGGCCGGCAACAGCAGGCCCGAGGUCGUGGACCAUCUGCUCGACAGCUACGACCGCGAGCGGCGGUCCGCAGACAGGGACGUCGUGGACAAACGUGCUGGCGCAGAUGUCCCUCCUCAUGGCCACCGAGCCUCCCGAGAUGGCGGUGCGCAACGUCGUUGCCGAAUCUCUGAGCUUCCCCGAGAUGAACAGGCUUUGGGCCAGGCGGAUGACGGGCUUCGGCGAACCGCGAGCGCCCUAUCGCGACGACAGCAACGAGUACGACGACCACGAGCUCGUGGGAGCCAGGCUGACGCAUCUCCGUGUGGGAGCGAGGGGAGGCGAGCUGUACGAAGCCAUCGAGCCUAG